AUGCCUCGUGGUCAGAAGAGUAAGCUCCGUGCCCGUGAGAAACGCCGCAAGGCUCGAAGGGAGGGCCAAGAUCUCGGGGGUGCUCAGGCCACUGUAGCAGAGGAAGAAGACUCCCCAGCCUCCCUCUCUCCUGUUUCUGAGAGUGCUUCCGAGAGCCUUCUGGCUACAGGCAUUCCCCAGGAGACUCAGAGAGCCCGAUCCACCAGCCCUCCUGCUUUAGCUAUUUCAAGGCCAAGUUCAGAUGAAGGUGCCAAGAGCCAAGAGGCGGAAAGUCCAAGCUCCUCCCAUGGGCUGCCCUCCUCUGAGAGCACAGGAAGAGAUCCUCUGACCAGGAAGGUGGGCGCGUUGAUGCAGUUCCUGCUGUACAAGUAUAAAAUGAAAGAGCCCAUUAAGAAGGCAGACAUGCUGAAGAUUGUCAGAAAGAAGUACAGGGAGCACUUCCCUGAGAUCCUCCGGAGAGCCACUGAGCACAUGGAGCUAGUCUUUGGCCUUGAUCUUAAGGAAGUCAGCUCUAGUGGUCACUCUUAUACCCUUGUCAGCAAACUGGCUCUUCCCAAUGAAGGAAGAUUGAGCGAUGGCGAGGGCUUUCCCAAGAAUGGGCUCCUGAUGCCUCUCCUGGCUGUGAUCUUCAUGAAUGGUAACCGUGCCACUGAAGAGGAGAUGUGGGAAUUCCUGAAUGUGUUGGGAGUAUAUGAUGGUAGAAGGCACUUCAUCUUUGGGGAGCCCCGGAAGCUCAUCACUGAAGAUCUGGUGCAGGAAAAGUACCUGGAGUACCAGCAGGUACCCAACAGUGAUCCUCCACGCUACGAAUUCUUGUGGGGUCCAAGGGCCCGUGCUGAAACCAGCAAGAUGGAAAUCCUGGAGUUUUUGGCCAAGGCCAAUGAUACUGUUCCCAGUACCUUCCAGUCCCAGUAUGAGGAGGCUUUGAGAGAUGAGGAAGAGAGCCCAAGUUAGAGUUGCAGCCAGGGCUGGCACUACUGUCCCAGCCAGUGCCCGCUCCAGGGCCAUGUCCAGCAGUUCCUCCCGGCCCUAGUGAUGUGUGAGGCAGUUUUCACUUUGAGGCUGAAAAGGGCUGUCAGCCUUCUAAGUGGCCGGGGAUGA